GACUCGACCCUGGACGAUCGCAACAUUACUGACGACUGUACGUGAAAUUUUGCUUGAUUUACAGGCGCACAGCUGAUAUAAACUCAGAUCGGUUCUAUCCACCAUGGGAGUCCGUAAUCUAAAACCCGCGCGGGUUUAUCAAAUGGCAUCGGCCCUCCUCGAAACCAACAGCAUACACCAAACACCAGCAUGGUUCGAGGCCAUUGGCUCAAUCCCCCCUGGAGAGAUUCUUACACGAACACAGCCUGUUAGACAUCGGAAAGGAAAGGAAGGCUCUAAAAGCCGGAAGCCGAGCAAGAUGUUCAAGCCACAAAAUAUUGUAUACCAAGAGGACUCAAUACGGCAGCAAUUCUAUCGCGAUCACCCGUGGGAGCUGGCCAGGCCGAAGGUGUUACUAGAAAAUGAUGGAAAGGAUGGGCAGAGGUGCAAUUGGUCGAGGAUUGAGCAACCGGGAAUACCAUUGUCAGGCGAAAGGUAGGAGCAAUGAUUUAAUAGGACGGACCUGAGCUGAUACUUUGCAGUGUUGUUCAAAGACAGCUAUGGCUAAUAAACGAGGCACAAACUCCUAAAGCAAAAGCAUACGAUAUAGCCCGGAAAGAGUUUUAUGCCCUACGACAUCAGGAGGAAGUGGAGCGUCGGGUCGCGAGAGAAGAAGCAACGUGGGUUGGAGCUUACUUUGGUAAAGGUGUUUUGGAAAUUGGGAUGGGGCUGGAAGACCGGACAUAUGACUCCUGGAUGGAGUGGGCAAAGAAAAAUGUUGCGACGGUGGAAAGGAUGCGAGACGCAGCGUACACAACUCUCCCAGAACUUGAGGAGGAAGUAUCCCCACCUGAAGGUGUUGUGGCGGCAGAAGAAGUGUAGGCGGCAGCGUAGCAAAAAGAUUUCUUGUAGAAUAUGGGUAAAUGUACAAUACGCAGGAAGUGUAUUCAUAGUUCUUGGGAAAGGUCAAGAUCAUGGAGAUCUUCAGCUACCAAAAGCUUGUUGCACAUAAUCAUCUGAGAUUGCUCAUAAUGUUAGAGAGACCCUCGGGCUGUACAUACUAAGCCUCAACUGUUGAAAAUUU